AUGAGACAGUCAACAUGCAUGAAGACGAACCGUCUCUUGCCCUGCAGCGAGCGCCAGAAGGGCCCCGGAGGCGUCCCUGACAUCCAAUCAAGCCGCGGCCGCCAUCAACGCCUCCUUGUACGACAGCGAGCUGAGCGGAAGAACGAACGAAGGCGUGAAGAACGGCUGUCCUACCCCCGUAUCGACGAUCGCUCACUACUGGCUGACCCAGAUCCGCAGGCCAUCAUCAUCGUCAGUGGCUACCUUGCAAAGUCAAGAACUGCUAGUCCAGUGAAAAUCCUCGUCUUCUCGCCUAUGGCUGGCCGGCUGAGCAAGCCGAGCUGCGUACUCUUAUUGGGACAGAAAAAACUCCGUAGCGACAGUCAGCGAAUAUCCACAGCCAAUUUCGCGGCAGACAGACUGGGGAUCCCGAUGAAGCUUGCUCAGUGGCUCGGUCUCUCGCUCAUCCUGGCAAGGGGGAUUUUCCUGGCAAGCCGUCCCUGUCUGUUCCUUGCAAUUCCUUGCUAUCCCUUGCUGGGCCCCCAUGCUCAGCAUCCAAAAAUAAGAAAGGCGGAGCCAGCGCCAGUGCCAGAGAGCCCUGACAGCGUUCGCAAGUCGCGGCAUCUUCCAGAGCUUCUUCUUCUUCUUCUUCUUGUCCAUCUUGAAACGAGAGUGCUGCCAAAGGGGACUGGUUUCAGGUCCUUUGAGGUCAAAUAA